AUGCCUCCCAAGCGAAUCUACGGAGAAAAGGGCCGCCGCGCCCCCAAGGGCUUCGUCUCCUCUACAUACGAUGCCCUGACUUCCGCUGAGAACGCCGCUUUCGUUCGCAGCAUUGCCAUCUUUGGAGCUGCCGUCACUUUUCUCUCCAGCUCCUGGGGCGAGAUCCUCCUCCCUCCGUAUGACUCUCCAGAUGCGAUUGAUACCAGAGAGACGCUUGCUAACAGCUGA